AUGGACUACGAAAUGGAGGAAGAUGAUCCCCUUCCGCAGGAAUCGCAACGGCCGCAAAUCAACGACUCACAGAUUGACGAGCUGCCAACAACCGGUGAGGGUGAUGCCAACGACAUCAGGAUCCUGAUCGCCACCGAUGUCCAUGUAGGCUACGCAGAAAAGAAGAAGAUCAUCGACAACGAUGCGGUCAACACUUUCGAAGAGGUGCUGCAAAUUGGCAACAAACGAGGCGUUGACAUGAUUUUGUUAGGUGGCGACCUGUUUCAUGAAAACAACCCUUCUCGGGCUUCGGUCAACAAAGUGACGGCAUUACUCCGCAAAUAUUGCAUGAACGACAAAGAAGUGGCGCUCGAAUUCCUCUCCGAUCCCACGUGCAAUUUCAACCACAGCGGCUUUGACCGCGUCAAUUACGAGGACGAGAAUUUGAACGUGGGCCUGCCUCUUUUUACGAUUCAUGGUAACCAUGAUGACAUGACCGGAAAGGGAUUGACUGCUCUCGAUCCGCUACAUGAAGCCGGUCUAUUGAAUCUUUUCGGAAAAUUCACCGAGGCUGACAAUUAUAAUGUCUCGCCGAUCCUGCUCCGGAAGGGGACGACUCGUCUUGCGUUGUAUGGGAUGGGCUCACAACGGGACGAUCGAGUCGCGAGGGCUUUUCAGACCGGAACGAUCCAAUUCAUGCGACCGCGCGCCGAUGCCGAGGAAUGGUUCAACUUGCUCGUACUGCACCAAAAUCGGGCAAAGCGAUCGAUGCUAAGAUCCACCGGUGCCUACCUCCCCGAUUCCUACAUUCCGUCUUUCUUCGAUUUUGUACUAUGGGGCCACGAGCAUGAGUGUAAAAUGGCCGCCGAGUACGUGGCGAGCAGCUCGAGCCUGGAGGGCGACGGAUUUUACAUCCUGCAGCCGGGCAGCACGGUCGCUACAUCGCUGACGAAGGACGAGGCCUUGCACAAGCACGUCUUCAUCUUGACGGUUCGAGCCCGCCAAUUCAAGCUGGAGCCCAUCCCACUCGAGAGUGUGCGAAAAAUGGUCGUUGACGAGCUGAUUCUGGACAAAAUGCCGGCAAAGAUUUCGAUGAACCCAAAGUCCAAACGAGAAGACGAGAUUUUGAUCAUGGAAAAGAUCAAGCUGAUGCUGCUCGAAGCUGAGAAAAAGUCCCGGCCAAAGCAGCCCAGGCCGCCGCUUGUCCGCCUGAAGGUCACCUACACCGGCGAGUGGGCCAAGUUACAGCCUCCCAACGGACGCCGUCUUGGAAGCGAAUUUUUGGAGACCGAAGUGGCAAACCCGGGCGAGAUGAUCAUGAUUCGCCGAAUUACAACAGCCAAAAAGCAGGCGAAUCAUGCGAACAAGGGCGAUAUCAGGAAUACGCAAUAUCAAGGACCAAGAACUGUAGAAGCAAUGCUUUCCGAGCAAUAUCGAAAAGAGCCCAUUGAAGAUCGCCUCUCUGUGCUCACGGAUUCCUUUAUGGCGGAUACACUACGGGUAUGUGCCGAUGACGAAAAUGACUCGACAGCAAAAACGAAGGAAAUCAAUGCGUUACUGGAACAAGCAAUCCACAAGCAAAAAGGCGAAGUCUCAAAGAAGCUCGAGAAAGCCGUUGAUCAAUUUCUAUCAUUGGAAGAAAUGCCGCUCGAGAAUCUGAACUCGAUUGAGGAUGAUAUCAAGAAGUUGUUGAUGGAGCACAAAAAGAAGGCCUACGAAAAGGACUACGAGCGAGAGGCAGCCCGAGCUGCUAGACGCAUCGUGAAGGUAAAUCCCAUGGAAGAAGAUUCGGAC